UAAAGGCUCAGAUCUCGCCGCAGAUCCCACAAACCAACUGCAGGGCUGCAGCGAAAUUCUGUCCCUACAUCUGAGACACUCCAGUUUUCUAUAAGAUGAUCUCCAUAGCUGCAGCAAAAAGGUAAACAAGACACAUAUGCCCAAUGAGGAUUCUGAAUGGAUUCAGUAGUGAAAGAACAAUGGCCGCUCCAAAGAAUUACCAGAGACGCGGCGAGCUGGUCCUGCUGUGCGCGCUCAUGGGCACGCUGUGGGAAAUCGGGAGAGGACAGAUCCAUUAUUCGGUGCCAGAAGAGAGCGACAAAGGAUCCUUCGUGGGUAACAUCUCCAAGGACCUGAAUCUGGAGUCACAAGAGCUGGUGAAGCACGGAGUCCGCAUUGUCUCCAGAGGUAGGACGCAGCUUUUUGCUCUGAACCGGAAAACUGGCGGCUUGCUCACCGCGGGCAGGAUAGACCGGGAGGAGCUUUGUGCUCAGAGCGUGCAGUGUCUAGUAAAUAUCAACAUCCUGAUUGAGGGCAGAGGAAAACUUUUUGGGAUAGAAAUAGAAAUCACUGAUAUCAAUGAUAAUAACCCAAAAUUCCAGGUCGAAAAUCUGGAAAUGAAAAUUAAUGAAAUCGCUGCGCCUGGAACACGUUAUCCGCUCCCAGAGGCUGUUGACCUGGACGUGGGCAUGAAUUCCUUGCAGAGCUACCAGCUCAGCCCCAAUCACCACUUCUCCCUGGACGUACAAACUGGAGGCGACGGAACUCUACACCCAGAGCUGGUGCUGGAGAAGGCCCUGGACCGCGAGGAAGAGGCUGCGCACCACCUGGUCCUCAUUGCCUCGGACGGCGGUGACCCGCGUCGCUCCAGCACAGUGCACAUCCACGUGACAGUGCUGGAUACAAACGACAAUGCCCCGGUUUUUGCUCUACCGAUUUACCAAGUGAAAGUCCCAGAGAACGUGCCCCCGGGCACCCGGCUGCUUACUGUGAGCGCUAGCGACCGGGAUGAGGGAGCCAACGGAGAAGUAGCCUAUAGAUUCUGGAAAAUUAGUGAAAAGCAGUCUCCGCUAUUCCAGCUGAAUGAAAAUACUGGGGAAAUAUCAACGGCAGAGAGUCUAGACUAUGAAGAAUGUGCAUUUUAUGAAAUGGAAAUACAAGCUGAAGAUGUGGGGGCACUUUUGGGGAGGACCAAAGUGCUCAUUUCAGUGGAAGAUGUGAAUGACAAUAGACCGGAAGUGAUCAUUACAUCUCUGUUUAGCCCAGUCUUGGAAAAUACUCUUCCUGGAACAGUAAUUGCCUUCUUGAAUGUGCAUGACCGAGACUCCGGGAAGAAUGGUCAAGUUGUCUGUAACACACCUCAUAAUUUACCUUUUCAAUUGGAAAAAUCAAUAGAUAAUUAUUAUAGAUUGGUGACAUGGAAAUAUCUGGACCGAGAAAAGAUCUCUGUGUACAAUAUCACAGUGAUGGCCUCAGAUCUAGGGGCUCCUUCUCUAUCUACUGAAACUUAUAUCACCCUGUAUGUGGCGGAUAUCAAUGACAAUCCCCCCACUUUCCCUCAAGUCUCCUAUUCAGCCUAUAUCCCAGAGAACAACGCCAGAGGUGCCUCCAUCUUCACUGUGAUGGCUCAUGACCCCGACAGUGGCAAAAACGCCCAGGUGACUUACUCUGUGACUGAGGACAUCAUCAUGGGAAGCCCUCUCUCCUCCUAUGUUUCCAUCAACUCAGACACUGGCGUCCUAUAUGCGCUGUGUUCCUUUGACUAUGAGCAUAUACGAGACUUGCAGUUACUGGUGACAGCCAGCGAUGGCGGGGACCCUCCACUCAGCAGCAACGUGUCACUGAGCUUGUUUGUGCUGGACCAGAAUGACAAUGCGCCUGAAAUCCUGUACCCCGCCCUCCCCACCGAUGGUUCCACAGGUGUGGAGCUGGCGCCCCGCUCUGCAGAGCCCGGCUACCUGGUCACCAAGGUGGUGGCAGUGGACAGAGACUCGGGCCAGAACGCCUGGCUGUCCUACCGCCUGCUCAAGGCGAGCGAGCCAGGGCUCUUCGCGGUGGGGCUGCACACGGCCACGCUGCUCCUGGUUUUCGCCGACAGCCUACAAGAAGUGCUGCCAGAUGUCAGCGACCGCCCGGCGCCCUCUGACCCCCAGGCUGAGCUGCAGUUUUACCUGGUGGUGGCUUUGGCCUUGAUCUCGGUGCUCUUCCUCCUCGCGGUGAUUCUGGCGGUUGCCCUGCGCCUGGGACGCUCCUCCAGCCAGGCCUCCUGGAGCUGCUUUCAGCCUGGUCUGUGUGUCAAGUCAGGACCUGUGGUUCCUCCCAACUACAGUGAAGGGACUUUGCCUUAUUCCUACAAUUUGUGCGUUGCCCAUACUGGAAAGACAGAGUUUAAUUUUCUAAAGUGCAAUGAGCAGUUGAGUUCAGGACAAGAUAUACUGCUUUGUGGUGAUUCAUCUGGGGCCUUAUUUCCACUUUGUAAUCCCAGUGAGUCGACUUCCCAUCCUGAAACUCUAACGCCGUUACUAGAAGACACUUGA